AUCUUUUAAUCUCUUCACUUCCACAACACAACACAAAACACAUCACUGAUCCUUCUCUCAUCCUCAGAAAGAAUGGCUCAAACCAUGCUGCUUACUUCAGGCGUCACCGCCGGCCAUUUUUUGAGGAACAAGAGCCCUUUGGCUCAGCCCAAAGUUCACCAUCUCUUCCUCUCUGGAAACUCUCCGGUUGCACUACCAUCUAGGAGACAAUCAUUCGUUCCUCUCGCUCUCUUCAAACCCAAAACCAAAGCUGCUCCUAAAAAGGUUGAGAAGCCGAAGAGCAAGGUUGAGGAUGGCAUCUUUGGAACGUCUGGUGGGAUUGGUUUCACAAAGGCGAAUGAGCUAUUCGUUGGUCGUGUUGCUAUGAUCGGUUUCGCUGCAUCGUUGCUUGGUGAGGCGUUGACGGGAAAAGGGAUAUUAGCUCAGCUGAAUCUGGAGACAGGGAUACCGAUUUACGAAGCAGAGCCAUUGCUUCUCUUCUUCAUCUUGUUCACUCUGUUGGGAGCCAUUGGAGCUCUCGGAGACAGAGGAAAAUUCGUCGACGAUCCUCCCACCGGGCUCGAGAAAGCCGUCAUUCCUCCCGGCAAAAACGUCCGAUCUGCCCUCGGUCUCAAAGAACAAGGUAUCUCUCAACAUUUCUAUUUCUAUCUUUGUUACAAUGACAUUGCUCUGAACAACCAAUGCAAAUAAUAUAACCUGAUAGAGUACUAUAGUAACUAGUAUAACUGAAUUGGCCUAAGUGUAGUGUCCGGAUCGGCUUUAUGUUUAUUUAUCGUUAUCCUAAGAUACAAAUGUGAGACAAAAGAUACUAGCAUGGAACUGUCAAUCUCCAAAAAUAAUCUCUAAAUGUUUAUUUAUUUAUCGUUGGCCUGAUAGAUUAUUUAUCGUUAUCAAUUUCUAUCUUUUUCCCCCAUGUAAGCACAUUGGUUCCUGAAUGGCUUUCUCUAGCAGAGAGUCUCUUCCCGUUAACUUAAAUAAAAUAGUGUUUCUGAAAAGAAAAAAAGAUACAAAUAUGAGAUUACUUAAAGAGUUGCUUGGUCUAAUGUUUUGAAUAAAUUUGAAUAUGUUUGUUGUUUUGUUGUGUGAAGGUCCAUUGUUUGGGUUCACGAAGGCGAACGAGUUAUUCGUAGGAAGAUUGGCACAGUUGGGAAUAGCAUUUUCACUGAUAGGAGAGAUUAUUACCGGGAAAGGAGCAUUAGCUCAACUCAACAUUGAGACCGGUAUACCAAUUCAAGAUAUCGAACCACUUGUCCUCUUAAACGUUGCUUUCUUCUUCUUCGCUGCCAUUAAUCCUGGUAAUGGAAAAUUCAUCACCGAUGAUGGUGAAGAAAGCUAAAUUAUCAUGUACUUAAAUUUAGUAGAGAGUGUGUGACCUUCUCUUCAUGUUGAGACAAAAGGAAAUGGACAGCUUAAAUUGUUGUAAUACUUAUAUCCUUUUGUUUUUAACUUGGAAUUUUCUGAUUAUAUAUAGUUUUAUUACACCUAAGUGACUAGGUGAUUGAUAUCAUCUAGCAUCUCUU